GCGCGCACCGUGCGGGAGAUGAUCUGAAGCCGCAAUGGGACUGAACGCAUCCAAGUUGGAGGAGUUCCUGCUGCCGGCGUCGCUGCACUAAAACAAAGACUCCUGCUUUCUGUUCUCUUCUCUGCGUUAUUAUUAUUAUUUUUAUUUUUAUUAUUAUUAUUAUUUGCGUCUGAGCCGUUUCUGCAGGAUGUUGAGGAUAUAUUGGAAAGCCGGGUAGAUAAAGUCAGCUGCCUCUGAUGAGGACGACCUCUUCCUCUCCUCCACCACACAAAGGGAACUACGGUACAACAAGUACUUUUUGUCCACACACACCCCUCUCUCUCACACACACACACACCGGUCUUAUGCCAUUAAGAAGCGGAGGGGGCUGCUUUAAGGACAAAAUGGAUCACUUUGCAGCGGAGUGCCUUGUCUCAAUGUCCAGUCGUGCAGUGGUGCACGCUCCUAAAGGCAACAGGGAGCUCAAGCCGGAGAUCCCGUCCUCCUCUUCCAGGAGCGCGGAGGACAUAAAGGAGGUGAAGGAGAACUCGUCGCUGUUCGUGGUGGCGCGGAUUCUGGCGGAUUUUAACCAGCAGACCCCCAACGAGCAGCAGCCUGCCAAAGUGAUCCUAAAGGAUGAGAGCGCGCAGACCCUCCGAGAGGAUGGAAACUGUGCCACACCUACCGCCGGCUGCGACCCUGCGCUCAGACAAAGAGGCAGAAGAGCCAGAGGUCGAACUGAGCAGGAGUCACCUCAGAAAAAGCACAAAUGCCACUACUCUGGCUGUGAAAAAGUUUAUGGCAAAUCCUCCCACCUCAAAGCCCACCUAAGGACGCACACAGGCGAGCGGCCCUUCCCGUGCACCUGGCCCGACUGCAGCAAGAAGUUCGCCCGCUCGGACGAGCUCGCCCGCCACUACCGCACCCACACGGGGGAGAAGAAGUUCAGCUGCCCCCUCUGCGACAAGCGCUUCAUGCGCAGCGACCACCUGAUGAAGCACGCCCGGCGCCACUCAGAUUUCCAGCCCGACAUGUUGAAAAGGCCCCACAGCAGCAGCAGCACGCGCCCCGGCUCCCUCAGCGACUACAGCCGCUCGGACGCCUCCAGCCCCACCCUCAGCCCCACCCUCAGCCCAGCCAACUCGCCUUAAACUGAACCCUGGUCGCACUUUCCAGGCCUCCGGACUGCGAGGUCUCUCUUUUCAUCGUAACACUUCUGUUGCACAGUUGUCAGCAGCCCCC